CUGAUCUCAAAUUUGUAAAAAACUACAAACCUCAGGUUGCGAAUCGGACGCUCCGGAUUCUUCUGCAUGGACCAGAAGGAAAAGUCCAGUUUCAUCAACUCAGUCUAUACUGUCCUAAAGCAGCGAAUUUACUCACAGGCUUUGGCAGAUAACUACUCAAGCGGAAGUUUUACUAAAGAGUACUCAACUUAUAAAGAGAAAAAAGAGGACAUGUCAUCCUACCCGUUUGUGUUCUGUGACAUCAUGGGUCUGAGCGAAGGAGAAGAAGCCUUGCAGGAAGAUGUCAAACUGGCUUUAAGGGGACAUGUAAAGGAAGGUUACAGGUUCAAACCUGAAAAACUGUGUGAGGGUGACAAGUUCUAUCAGCAGACUCCAGAUCCCAAUGACAAAGUUCACGUUCUUGUCUGCGUAAUUCCUGCAGAUAAAAUAGGGAUGACAAGUGAUGAAGUUGUGGAUAAGAUAAGGAGCAUCAGAGAGGACGCCAGGGACCACUAUAUUUCUCAGAUUGCUAUAAUCACCAAAAUCGAUGAAUUCGAUCCUGACCUGAAAAAGGAUAUAAAGAACGUCUACAAGCUCAAAAGCAUGAAGGAAAAGAUGGAGAAAUUUAGCUCUCUUGUUGGAAUUCCCAUGAACCGCAUCUUCCCUGUGAAGAACUACCAUGAGGAAAUUGACUUGAACGAUGACAUCGACUCACUGAUCCUCAGCGCAAUGAGACAUAUCCUCAACUGUGGAAAUGACUGCAUCAACUUCCACCACAACUGGGUUGGAUCUUCAUGAAAUACAUUUGUUUUCUUUUCACUGCUUGCCUCCAGAUAAUGUCUUAUUCAUGCUAAUUUUUCAGCCUUUCUAUAGUUACAAAACUAAUAAAAUCAAAUCGGUAUGAAGCUGUCCGCAGCAUUUAAAUCUCUCUUUUAUGUAAAAGGUAAGCUUUUUAAUGAGGUACUUAGAAUUCUUCCAUGAAUCAUAUUUUGUUGUAUUUCAGGUCAGUAAUCAAAUGAUUUUAAAAUAAUUAAACCUUUAGCUCUUUUACUGUGAAAUGUUUCCCAGCAUAUCCACACUGAUUUAUUUAAUCACAAUAAACAUGCUUUAAAAUUCA